CCAGCUGUAACUUCGCAAGGGGGAGAGCUGCCUUUGAACGUUGUAAGAAGCUGAACCGCUACUGUUUAAUAGAUUAAGAGAACCGAAAACAUUUCGCGACUGGUCGUCUGGAACCCGCUGAUCCGCCGUGUUGAUGUUUCUCGGUCUGCCGAUGUCAUGCCGCUUUCAAUAAAACGAGAAUUCAGGAACCGACGCAUUGUGGUGGAGCCUGAUCGAGUCGCAGGAGCUAGCACUGUAUGAUCUGCAAUUGCCUGGACGGUGUGUCCCAGCGUAGCAAGCCGACAUGGCCAACGCAAUGGGAAUCGAGCUGGACGAUGACAUUAUCGUGGAUGAAGAUGCCCUCAACGCGUUUGUGAACUUUCCACCCGAAGUUCAGGCUGCCAUAGAACAAGUAUUUCCCAGUACAGACCCGCUGGACAGCCCCAACUUCAAUCCCGUGGACUAUAUCAACACAUUGUUUCCUACAGAACAGUCGCUUGCCAAUGUUGACGAGGUCAUAGCACGAAUGAAGACAAAGAUCAGACGUUUGGAUGACCAGAUCAGGACAGUCGUCCGUGGCCAGAGCAACCUUGGGUCGGAUGGACGGGCAUCCUUGGAAGAGGCACAGCGCUCCAUUCACCAGCUGUUUCUUUGCAUCCGUGACAUCAAGGAGAAAGCCGAGAAGUCCGAACACAUGGUGAAGGAGAUCACACGAGACAUCAAGCAGUUGGACAAUGCUAAGCGGCACCUGACAGCCUCUAUAACGACGCUGAACCAUCUGCACAUGCUUGUGGAGGGGGUUGACGGGCUCAAGAAGCUCAGCCGCAAGCGCCAAUAUGGAGAAGUGGCCAACCUCCUUCAAGGUGUGGUCAACGUGCUGGACCACUUUCAACCAUACAUGGCCAUUCCUCAGAUACGCAAGCUGGCUGAUGAGCUUGCCACCAUUCAGUCUGACCUUGCACAGCAAAUAACGGCCGACUUUCAUGAUGCAUUCACUGGACCAAAUGCCAAGCACUCGGCUCCCACACAGCAGCUUGCCGAGGCCUGCCUUGUGGUCUCCAUUCUGGACAAGAAAGUCAAGCAGGAACUGUUGAAGUGGUUCGUGUCGCUUCAGCUGGCCGAGUACACGCACCUCUUCCAGGCAAACCAAGAUGUAGCCUGGCUAGAUCGUGUGGAUAGGCGCUACGCCUGGCUCAAGAACCAUCUCGUCAAGUUCGAGAGCAAGUUUGGCCAACUGUUUCCCGCAGACUGGGAAGUGAGCGAACGCAUUGCGGUCGAGUUUUGCCACAUCACCAGGCGUGAGCUGACCCAGCUGAUGAGCAGCCGUGUGCAGGACAUGGAGGUGCGUCUGCUGCUCAGUGCCAUCCAGAAGACGACAGCCUUUGAGGCGCUCCUGGGCCGACGCUUCACGGGAGUCACGCUCGAGCGUACCAACGUUGUGUCCCCAACACCUGUGCCGCCGCUGCCCCGUGCACAGCCCUCACAGGCUCAGAAGAGCACCAACCCUUUUGAGGAAGGCGGCGAGGAGAACAACCCAUUUGCUGAGGACAUGGAAAAGGAAGACAAGGCAGCUUCUUCGGCAGGUGCAGGGGAGCCCUUGCCUAGCAAUUCGACGCCACAGCUGUCUCCACCUCAGGUAUCGUUGGUCAAUGUCAACCCAUUUCAAGGUCUCGUCUCGAGUUGCUUCGAGCGCCACUUGGACAUCUACGUGGAAUCCCAGGACAGGACCCUGAAGCAGCUGCUGGACCAGUUUGUAGAAGCAGCGCAGCGAGCGCCGCUGCCGCAGCCCGACGUGGAGACAGCCGGGGUGUUGCCCAGCUGUGCCGACCUCUUUGUGUACUACAAGAAGUGCCUUGUCCAGUGCAGCCAGCUCAGCCGCGGGGCGCCCUUACUAGCCCUGGCACGCGUGUUCGGCAAGCACCUGGCCGACUAUGCGGGCCGCGUGCUCCAGGGCUCCCUGCCCAAGACUGGCAGCAGUAGCAGCAGUGGAGUGACGGCAGCUGGCUUAAUCCAGAACUUCCAGAGCCUACUGAAGGAAGGGGAGAGUCCACGGCUGACGCCCCCUGAGCUGUGUCGCAUCUGUGGAAUUCUCAGCACGGCCGAGUACUGCCUCGAGACAACCCAGCAGCUUGAAGGAAAGCUGAAGGAGAAAAUAGAGCCAAGCUUAGCGUCGAAGGUCGACCUGACCGCAGAGCAGGACAUGUUCAAUGGGGUCAUCAACAACUGCAUUCAGUUGCUGGUUCAUGACUUGGAAGCAGCCUGUGAGCCAGCCUUGUCAACAAUCACCAAGACCAACUGGUCCCUGGUGAAGGCUGUGGGUGACCAGAGUGGCUACGUGACUGCCAUCACCGCCCACUUGCGCCAAACCCUGCCUCUCAUACGGGACAACCUGGCCAACUCGCGGCGAUACUUCACCCAGUUCUGCGUGCACUUUGUUAGUUCCUUCAUUCCGAGGCUAAUCAGCCAGCUGUUCAAGUGCAAACCCAUGAGUCCUAUUGGUGCGGAGCAGCUCUUGUUAGACACUCACAGCCUCAAGAUGGUGCUCUUGGACCUUCCACUGUUGGAAUCGCAAGUGGCCAGGAAAGCUCCGGCAAGCUACACCAAGAUCGUGGUGAAGGGUAUGACCAAGGCAGAGAUGCUGCUCAAGAUGGUGCUGGCACCCCACGAGCCGGCCGAGAGCUUUGUGGAGCACUACACCAAACAGCUUCCUGACUCCGACGCCCAGGAGUUCCAAAAAGUCCUGGACAUGAAGGGUCUUAAACGGAGUGAGCAAAACGUGCUGACAGAAGUGUUCCGUACGCGGAUCCCCACGGCAGCUUCAUCCUCAGCCGCUGCAUCAGAAGGAGGCACAGCAGCUCAGCUGCUGUCGGCACUUGCCAUAGUGACGACAACCACGCCGGAACACGAGUCAAGCCGCAUCCGACGGUUCGAGAAACUAAUCAAGAAAAGGCUUUAACAUGUCCCAAUCAAAGACGUUACCGGCGAAGGACUUUCUUUUUUUGUAUUGUGAUUUUCAGGGAAUGGAAAUGGUAUGGAGCUGCAAUUUUUUUUUCUUAUUCUCGAAGCCACUUCUUCGGGGAACCUUCCAGAUCCUGGUGUAGUAUUACUUUGCUGUACAUAUGUAAUAUGAUGACAGUUAUAAAAGUGUGACUUUGGA